CGAUCCCCCACUUUGUUCCCCACCACAGCAAGCGCAACGCGCAAAGAGGCAGACGCGCAGCUGAGGAGGAGAAGCGCACGCAGCCACCGCGAGAUCUCCUCACCUCCAUCUCCAUCUCCAUCUCCAUCUCCGGCGGCGAGAUCCCCACCGAAUCGGAUCGGAUCGGAUCAUGGGGGGGAAGGAGCUGAGCGAGGAGCAGGUGGCGUCGAUGCGGGAGGCGUUCUCCCUCUUCGACACCGACGGCGACGGCCGGAUCGCGCCGUCGGAGCUCGGCGUCCUGAUGCGCUCCCUCGGCGGGAACCCCACCCAGGCGCAGCUCCGCGACAUCGCCGCGCAGGAGAAGCUCACCGCGCCCUUCGACUUCCCGCGCUUCCUCGACCUCAUGCGCGCCCACCUCCGCCCCGAGCCCUUCGACCGCCCGCUCCGCGACGCCUUCCGCGUCCUCGACAAGGACGCCUCCGGCACCGUCUCCGUCGCCGAUCUCCGCCACGUCCUCACCUCCAUCGGCGAGAAGCUCGAGCCCCACGAGUUCGACGAGUGGAUCCGCGAGGUCGACGUCGCCCCCGACGGCACCAUCCGCUACGACGACUUCAUCCGCCGCAUCGUCGCCAAAUAAUUUGUCAUUUCUGGUUUUCUCCCCUCUCUCCCUCUCUCUCCCCCUCUCAGGAUCCACAGUUUGACACAUAAUAACUCUCUCUUGCUUGUCGUUUCCUUACCUAUCAUGUGAUCUCUCCUGAUUUGUGCUUUGCUUGCUCUCUAUUUUGUGUUUUCAUUCCGGUGUGAUUUGGACAACCUAGGGUUUGGAUAAUGGUGUGAUUAAUCGAUUGAUGGAUGGAUCUGAUUAAUGAUGCUUUGCGUUUCGCUCUGUUCAAUACUGCAAUGUAAAUUGUGGAUCUAUCUAUCAUUCAAAAUAUGUGGAUCUGGCUUAUUAUCGGAAAAGAAAUGACGUGAUUUGUGGCUUA